GAUAUUGGUUGGUUGUUCGGCGAUAGGGGUGAGAAAAAAGUGCGGGCUAUAGCAGCUUUCAUAGUAGGGUUUUGGCUGCUUGAUGUUGCUAAUAAUUUGACUCAAGGACCUUGCCGUGCUCUUCUUGCUGAUCUUACUAGAAAGGAUCACAGAAGAACUCGAGUAGCAAAUGCGUACUUCUCCUUGUUUAUGGCUAUUGGUAACAUCCUUGGCUAUGCCACUGGAUCUUACAGUGGCUGGUUCAAGAUCUUUCCUUUCACCCUCAGUUCUGCAUGCACCGUCAACUGUGCCAAUCUCAAGGCUGCUUUUGUUAUUGACAUUAUUUUUAUUGCAAGCACUACAUAUAUCAGCAUAUCUGCAGCCAAUGAGCAGCCUCUAAGUCCCAGUCAGGUUACCCCUCAUACUAACGAAGAGAUUGGAGAAUCAAGCCAUAGUCAAGAAGAAGCUUUUCUCUGGGAAUUAUUUGGAACUUUCAAGUUCUUCCCAGUUUCAGUUUGGGUGAUCCUGCUUGUCACUGCUCUGACUUGGAUAGGAUGGUUUCCAUUUCUGUUGUUCGAUACUGACUGGUUUGGCAGAGAGAUUUAUGGUGGUGAGCCAAAUGAUGGAAAGAACUAUAGUACUGGAGUUAGAAUGGGUGCAUUGGGUCUAAUGUUGAACUCAGUGCUCCUUGGAAUAACAUCAGUUUUCAUGGAGAAGCUCUGUCGGAAAUGGGGGGCUGGUUUCACAUGGGGAGUUUCAAACAUAGUCAUGUGUCUCUGCUUUAUAGCAAUGCUUAUAAUUAGUGUUGUUCGGAAUAACAUGGACAUUGGUCUGGAUCUUCCCCCAGAUGGCAUUGUUAUGGCUGCGCUAGUAGUAUUUGCUAUUCUUGGGAUCCCGCUGGCAAUAACAUACAGUGUUCCGUAUGCUUUGGUAUCCUCUAGGAUUGAAGCUCUAGGGCUAGGACAAGGACUUUCAAUGGGUGUUCUGAAUCUAGCAAUUGUGAUUCCACAGAUGUUGGUUUCACUUGGAAGCGGACCAUGGGAUGAGCUCUUUGGUGGAGGCAACUCACCAGCCUUGGUUGUGGCAGCAGUUUCAGCAUUUGCCGGUGGACUUAUAGCAAUCCUGGCAAUUCCUCGAACACGAGUUGAGAAGUCCAAGAUCCAUGCUUGAGGUUUAUUUGCCCUGUCGAAAGGCAAGUACAACGGUGCCGAUUAUUCUCCAGCACUGGGUUUGGCAGGUUAUGAUUUCUUUCACAUGGCUAUUCUACGUGUCCUGAACAAAUUUCUGUGUGCUGAUUCUCCACUUUCUAGGAUAGAGCAAACUUCAGGUAUCAGUAAGAGACUUGAGAAAUGGAGUAUGUUCCUUUGUGCACUUCAUUUCUCUCCGAGUAUAAAUGUAACCCGUAAAUUAGUUUUCUCUUCCAAUCGCAAAUACCUAGAAGGCUUAAGCCAAAUAAGUCUAAUCCAUGUCAACUGUCACACCCCUUUUUACUCCAAAAGAUAUGUAUGUUAUGAAUUGUUAUGGGUUAAAAGAGUUUUUCCAUUUGAAGUGACAAAUUUGAGUAUGGAUUAUUUAUU